AUGAAAAUUUGUUUAGCGUUCUUGGCCGUCGUUGGUGUUACCCAAGCUGCCAGCUUAUCCUAUUUGGUGGCACCAGGAGGCUUGCGUUCUUAUCCCUUUGUAUACGGCAGCCAAACUUCAUCCAUUAUAACACCCGUACAGCAUCAGUAUCACACUCAGGAUGAAUUAGGUCAAUAUGCAUAUGGCUACAGUGAUCCUUUGUCUACCAAACAAGAGGUGCGUUCGUUGGAUGGUGUUACCCGUGGCUCCUAUUCCUAUCGCGAUGCAAAUGAUAUUCUGCAAACUGUAGACUAUACAGCUGACGAUAGUGGUUUUCAUGUGGCCGCCACCAAUUUACCCAAACCUGUGAAACAGGAAACAUUUCGUUUUACAGCAGAGCCGUCAGUUUCCAAUACAAUUUCCCCAGCUGCCGAUACCACAAAUUCCCUCGUUUCCUCAGAUACCGAUACUGAAUCAAAUACCUCAACUGGUUCGUUUGGUGAGACAAUUUAUACGUCGAGCGGGUUGCGCUUGGCAGAGUCUGCAGCCGCUCACUCAAAAUCUCUUACAGCUCCAGCCAAUGUUCGCUCUGUGGAAUUGUCUCAGCCCGUGGCGGAUUCCUUUAAGUUGGCCCUUUCCCCGGCCAAUGCUGUUUACCUAAAUGAAAAGCCUCAUAAUGUUGUGGUCACUUCACCGCUAGCUGUAGCCAGUGUACCGGUUGCGAAAACCCUAGUGCCCAAGUUAUACACUUAUGGUUAUCCGCUAACCAAACAUUUUUACUCUAAUGGAUUUUAUUAUUAAUUC